AUGUCUACUCUGUCCAAAGACCCAACCUUCGGCCCGCCCCGCCGCUCCGAAACCCUCGCGCAGCAGCAGUACGAGCAACAGAUCCUGAACCAGCACUACACGGCGCAACAGCUGCGGCUGGACGAGCAGGAGCUCCAGCGUGCGGACCACCAGGACUCCACCACCACCACCUCCUCCUCCUCCUUCUCCUCCACAAGCGGCGCCAAUGGAACCGAUGGCGACCACAAAGCGAAGCCUUCCACUUCCAAGAACAAGGCCAAGGAGAAGAAGAAUAAGAAGCACUUCCCGCACCUCCCCGGCCAAUUCCCCGCCUCGUCUCUGCAUUCCAGCAACGGCGCGAAACGCAAGCUCAAGUCCUUCUGGAACCGCACCGUCGUGCCCGCCUUCCCGGAGGCGGUGGGCGACAUCAGCCUGAUCAAAAAAGCGUGGCGCGUUGAGGCCGGCGUGGCGCGGGACAUGCAGGACGCGAGGCGGUAUCCCGAGCUGGGACGCGUGGCGCAGGUGAGGCGGGGGUUAGAGCUAUGUGGCGAAGAGAAGGAGUGGUUCGUCGCGAGGAGGGAUAGGGUGAAAGGCGCGUUUUGUCGUUUUGUGGGCUUGGAUGAGAGGGAGGUCGAGGUGCAGGAUGUGCCGAUCGUAGGGUUUGGGGGCAGUGGUGGCGGGUAUAGGGCCAUGAUCGGAGUGCUGGGGUACGCGAAGCGGAUGAAGGAGAGUGGGCUGUGGGAUUUGCUGAGUUAUGUGGCGGGCGUCAGUGGGAGCUGUUGGUCGCUGGCGGCAUAUUACACUUGGGCCAAAGGCGACAUGGAGAGGGUGGUGCAGCACUGCAAGAAGCGCUUGAACCCGUAUCACCCCUUGAGUCCGGAGGCGAUCCGGGAGGUGUUACACUCGCCGGGCGGGCCAGCGCUGACGCUGGGUCCCCUCGUACAGAAACACCGCAGCGGGCUGGAAACGGUGGCGAUGGAUCUAUACUCGGUCUUCACGACCGGUUACCUCUUCCUGGGCGGCGACCCGGCGAUAGACCCGACCAAGGUAGGGCACGAGCCCGAGAAAGAGAUCGCCGGCAGCCACCCAACGUGGCUGACCUGGUCGAGCGCGAUCCAGCAUCUCGAGCAAGGCCAGGAGCCUCUCCCAUUACUGACGGCCAUCCGCCACGAACGGCCCUGGAAAGACUGGGCGGACGACACGCACCCGUUCAAGAACGCCGACCCGAGCGACCAAGAGCAUUCCGAGGCCGUCGACGCCUGGUUCCAGUGGUUCGAGAUGUCGCCGUUCGAGAUCGGCUGCGACGAGCUCGGCGCGUGGUGCCCUACCUGGGCGUUCGGACGGCCCUUUGACAAAGGCAAAUCGACCAUGCAGCUGCCGGAGCAGUCGUUGGCCCUGCUUCUCGGUCUGUGCACGUCGGCACCGGCGGGGCCGCUGACGUCGUACCUGGCGACUAUCAAGCGGAACCUUCCUCCAGGGUUUCUGGGUAGCUCGAUCCUCGACUUGUCGCGUGGAGUCGCGCGCUUCUGGGGCAAGCAGGGGACGGAGGAGUUCCAGCAGCGCCACCCGCUUCACGCGUGCAACGAGCACAAUUUCAUGCUGAACUUGUCUAAAGACUCGGCGGGGGAGGAAGAGGCAGCUCCGAUCGAGAAAACGUCUCACAUUCACCUGAUUGAUUCGGGUAUGGACAACAACUGUCCCACGUACGUCCUGCUCCAUCCUUCCCGCGAUGUGGAUGUCAUCUUGAACAUGGACGCCUCCAGCGACGUGCAGAAAGACACGUUUCAAGAGCGAGUCGACCAGAUCGGCUCGCGAAGGAGUCUCAAGUUCACCAAGCGCAACCCUGAUCUCAAACCCCUAGAGGAUGAAGGGAACCUGGAUCGCUUCCAAGGACUCUACGGCCAGAUAUACGACGGCUCUGUUCUCGACACACGCCCUGAGACGGUCAUGGAUAGCUACGGACAUGAAGUCAGCAAUCCGCCUGCACCUGCCGCGAACAGGGAAUGCAGCAUGGUCUAUCUUCCGCUCCUACCAAACGAGGCCGCAGUGCCAGAGUUUGACCCGUCGACAGCCAAGUUUUCCGGCUCGUACAAUCUUGUAUGGACUUCGGACCAGGUGGACAUGCUCAUGAAAGUGUCGGAGGCUAAUUGUGCGGCCGCGGAGGCCUCGAUCAAAACUGUCUUGUUGGAAGCUUAUGAGCGAAACAAGGCCCGGCGUCUUAGGAGGUAG